AUGUCCAAGGAAAAUCUAUUGUCCAGCCAGACAGAAGAUGAUCCAAAUCUAUUUGUAGCUUUAUACGAUUUCCAGUCAGGAGGAGAGAACCAGCUCAGUAUAGUAAAAGGUGAACAAAUGACGAUCCUUUGUUAUAAUAAAGGAGGUGAAUGGUGUGAAGUAAAAAACAAAGCAGGAGACAUUGGCUGGGUACCAAGCAAUUAUAUUGCACCAGUCAACAGCUUAGACAAGUUCUCCUGGUACCAUGGACCCAUUUCCAGAAAUGCUUCGGAAUAUUUAUUAAGCAGCGGAAUUAAUGGUAGCUUUCUAGUACGAGAAAGUGAAAGCAGUCCUGGACAACGGUCAAUAUCUGUACGAUAUGAAGGAAGGGUUUACCAUUAUAGAAUAAGUGAAGAUUCAGAUGGCAAGGUUUAUGUAACGGCAGACCACCGGUUCAACACUUUAGCUGAACUUGUUCACCAUCACUCCAUUCAUGCAGAUGGCCUGGUUACCACUCUCCUCUACCCAGCCCCUAAAAGAAACAAGCCCACAGUGUUUGGCUUUAGUCCAGAGCCAGACAAGUGGGAAGUAGAAAGAACAGAGAUAGCCAUGAAACACAGGCUAGGUGGUGGUCAAUAUGGUGAUGUUUAUGAAGCAGUAUGGAAAACGUAUAACAAAACAGUCGCUGUAAAAACUCUGAAGGAGGACACAAUGGCAUUAAAAGACUUUUUAGAAGAAGCAUCAAUCAUGAAGGAAAUGAAGCAUCCUAAUUUGGUCCAGUUAUUAGGUGUCUGUACAAGAGAACCUCCAUUUUAUAUUAUCACAGAAUUCAUGACUCAUGGUAACUUACUGGACUAUUUGCGUAGUAGCAAUAAGGAAGAUAUUGGACCCACUGUACUUAUGUACAUGGCAACACAAAUCUCAUCAGGAAUGGCCUAUCUGGAAGCAAAAAACUAUAUCCACAGGGAUCUUGCUGCCCGAAACUGUCUGGUUGGUGAAAACCAUCUUGUGAAAGUAGCUGAUUUUGGGCUUGCUCGUCUCAUGAAGGAUGACACUUACACAGCUCAUGCUGGGGCCAAGUUCCCUAUUAAAUGGACUGCUCCUGAAGGUCUAGCCUACAAUAAAUUCUCAACAAAAUCUGAUGUUUGGGCAUUUGGAGUGCUACUUUGGGAGCUUGCUACAUACGGUAUGUCGCCAUAUCCUGGAGCUGAUUUAACAGAAGUAUACCACUUGUUGGAACGUGGUUACCGAAUGGAUCGACCUGCUGGCUGUCCUGCUAAUGUUUAUAGGUUGAUGCUCAAAUGUUGGCAGUGGGAAGCUAAAGACAGACCUACAUUUAAAGAUAUCCACAAUGCUUUGGAAAAUAUGUUUGAAAAAUCAAGUAUUAGUGAAGAAGUUGAAAAGGAACUUGAAAGUGAGAAAUGGCGAACUCCAGAUAAAUCCAAGAAAGCUCGGGCCCAAAGUCUUGAUAGUUCUGAGCAUAUUGGUAUUGAUGGUCGGACUAGUGCAGGUCCUACACCUCCGGCGGGUCGGCGUGCUCCUCUUACUCUUGAUGACUCUGACAAGCGACAAGUUGCAGAUAUUCUCCAGCGGAAGUCAUCUCGAAAGAAGACUCCAGCACCAGUGCCUCCCCAGCGUACAACGUCGUUUCGGGGCCAACAAUCAAUCGACUCGUCCGAAAUGGAGUCUGAACUGAAAACAAAAAUAAAGCAACAGAAGGCUAAGAUUGAGGCUGCCACCCUGCAUGAGCACUCUGCUGAGCACUCAGUCUCGCUGGAUCAGGACAAUUAUUUUGACAACCAUGUGUUUACAAAAACUAAACAUCUCUCAUUGAAGGGAAGCUCUCCGAAGUCAUUUCGUCGGCAUGAUAAUGAGAAAUUUCAAGAAAAACUUGAAGACAGUUUCCCUCGCCAGAUGAUAGAAAGUUUUAAAGGUUCGCAUAUUGACAAGUCAAAGUAUAUUAUUACAGAUUUAGGAAAUAAGAACCAAAGACCUCCUCCGGGUCAUUUGAAUCAUCUUAUUCCUGCUGAGAUCCGACCUGAAAGACCAAAGAUCGACAAAGAGACAAGCACCAGUGAGGAAAGCAUUGAAGCAGCAACAGUACAUGGAGGUUGUUAUCCCAAGGUGCCACAAUCUUUGCCAACUCAACGGUCAUUCAGUGCAAAGAAAGGUAAAUCUUUGACAGACAGCCAAGGCAGUGAAGAUGCAGUUGAACAUGAUAAUUUUGUCAGUGUAGGAAAAUUAGAUGCAGACAAUGUGAAGAAAACCAUUAGUCGUUAUGGAACCAUCCCCAAGGGUGUCAGAAUUGGUGCUUACCUUAAGUCGAUGGAGGAUGAGUCAAAUCAGACUGACCAGCGGGACUCAAAUAUAGAUGAUGUUGAUUCGGGGACAGAUACUGCCAGUGUGACAUCCUGUCCCCCAUUACCUACCACCGCUGAGACGCCGGGAGACAGCAGUAAGGAAGAUGACAGCAACAGCAUUGGCAUCAAACAGGAACACAACCUGAAGCCAUCAGCUGUUGUUAAGUCUCAGUCUUCACAGAUGCUGGUUGACAAUCAGAAAUCUCCUCUUACUGGCUUACUCCAACGUCAAAAGUCUGAUCUUACUCAUGGUAAGGUGCAGGGGGUGAAGAAUGACUAUUCCCCAUCGAAGCCUGAGAAUAGUCUCUUCCCCGGGGUUCCCACAGCAGCAAAUAAAAUGGAGGAUGCUGCAGAGUCCAGCAAACCUCGACCAAGUCCUCGAUUCUCUCAUGUGUUUGAUGACUCAAACGAUACAAAAAAAGAUGAAAAGAAAGAAAAUAAGAAAUUUCCUAAUAAACCUCUCAAGUCCCCAGACGAUGUCCCCCAAGAGUUACGUAGUUUUCAAAAAGUUGGACAACCAUUUCCCUCGCGGCCACCAGGCCUAGCUCAUGUGAAUGAUUCGAGUCCUACAAGCACAGAAUCGACCCUGGUCAGCAGUCCUGACUCUGUUGUGGAGAAAUCGAAAGGAGAUGUGCGCUCGCCACCUCCAAGGCCCCCAACACGGGCCAGAAUAAUGGUGGCAGACUCAGAAGAUGGCAAAUCUUCUAAAGAAGGAGAUGACAAUGUUGUUCCAUCUGGGGUCUUGUCCAAGCUGGCCUCCAAAGUGAAGCUGCCACUGUUGCCCCCAACAAGUGAAGCAGCCCCUCUGAAGUCCACUGGGCGGAGUGUUGACAUCUCUCGAGACACAGAUAAAUUAGCGAAGGGGGACCAUCCUGCUGAAAAGUUCAGCACUAACUCUGACAAUGCUGCUGGCCGCAUGACCCCAGGCAUCACCCACAAACCCCCGCCUGGAAACCAAAGGGAUGAGUCUACUCAUAAAUCUAUGUUCCCUAGUCUUAGAUCUGCUUCUGCAUCACAUCGUACUACGGAGAGUGACCCUUCUGACAGCAAAACGAACCAAUCCAACCAGACUGCUGAUAAAAACUUGGCUGUGGACUUACCAGUGUCAAAAGACCUAAUUAUUGAAGCCUCAGGACAGCUGGACGGCCGCAUUGACUCUUUGGCCACCAGCAGCUCCAAGAGUUCUGGAGAGUUCAUGGAUCUCUCCAAACAAGUGCAGACAUUUCAUGAAAUGUGUUCUCAAUUUAUUGACUCUUUACCGCCACAUGCAAAGUUCCAUAUCCGGGAACUACUCACUCGACUGCAGUCGUUUAGUCAAAACCUAAAGACUGUGUCAGGGAGCUGUUCUUCUGGGGGUUCCAACCUAUUGGAUGACAUUCAGAACACAAAUAAAGAAAUCCUUCAGGUUAUACAGCGAUGA